UGGUUCUGCUUGGCCCGGCCCAGGUGUGGAAGGUUUGCCACAGACGCACGGGUGAGAAACGGUCUGUCGCAAGCUCGAACACAUCCACCCCCGCGAGGGGGCUGAUCAGAGAUCAUCGGGCUCCAAUUAUGGAAGGCAGCAAAUCGGAUCCACCGUCGUUCUGCUUCAUGCGGGGGUCUGACCCUCGAGCAGCUACGUGUCGUGGUAAGCUGCAGAACAAGCGGUGCAAACUAAACCAGGAGAUCAACAAGGAGCUAAGGUUGCGGGCCGGUGCCGAAAAUCUGUACAAAGCGACCACGAAUAAGAAGCUUAAGGACACGGUCGCACUCGAGCUGAGCUUUGUCAACUCGAACCUACAGCUACUGAAGGAGCAGCUUUCGGAGCUCAACUCGUCGGUGGAGAUCUACCAGAGCGAUGGACUGGACUACGUCAUACCGAUGAUACCACUCGGUUUAAAGGAGACGAAAGAGGUGAACUUUAUGGAAGCGUUUUCGGACUUCAUUCUGGAGCACUACAGCGAAAAUUCACACACCUACGAGGACGCCAUUGCCGAUAUUACUGACACGAGACAGGCCGCCAAAACACCGACCCGAGAUCUGCAAGGCGUGUCACUGCUAUUCCGCUACUACAAUCUGUUGUAUUACGUCGAGAGGCGCUUCUUUCCGCCGGACCGGAACCUGGGCGUGUACUUUGAGUGGUAUGACUCACUUACGGGAGUGCCAUCGUGCCAGCGGACCGUAGCAUUCGAGAAAGCAUGCAUACUGUUCAACCUGGCCGCCAUUUAUACGCAGAUCGGCGCCAAGCAGGACCGAUCGUCCGAGCUGGGCCUCGAUGCGGCGGUUGAUAACUUUUUACGUGCGGCUGGCGUGUUCCGGCAUAUCUUCGAUACCUUCACGAACGCUCCUUCGAUGGACCUUAAACCACAGGUGCUGGAAGUACUAGUGGCUCUAAUGUUGGCGCAAGCCCGAGAGUGUUUGUACGAAAAGCUUCUGCUACAAUUAGAAAAGUAUACGAAUGAGCUGGAAAGUGUACAGAGCCAUCGAGAUUUGUCCGGUGAAGCAACCCAGCUAGCACUAGAGUACCGCGAGAUUCAUCGGAUAAUCCAUAGCAACGAGGCACACACCUACCUGCCAGAGUGCUGGGCUGGACUAGUGCCCCUGAAGUCAGAAUACUAUAAAGCAUUAGCACACUACCAUACAGCCAAAUCGGUAUCAGCAGCAUCGGAGUCGAGCAUAAAAGAGAAUAAUGACAGAAGCACGAACACCGGCAAACAACGCAAAGACCAUAGCCACCAGUCACAGGACACAUUCAUCUUCGACGAAACGUCACUGGAUGCAGACCUCGACCCAAGGGCGCUGCGACGUGCUCACCUGCGUGAAUCAUUGUCCAACCACGAGGAGGCCCAGCGGUUGCAACGCAUGUGCCGUGAGCUCAAAAACAAAAUUGCGCUCACGAAAGUGUUGAACUACGCGCACGAACGUACCAGCGAGGAACUGGAGAUGGAGCGCGGCUGCAUGGCGGCAGCAGAGGACAGUACUCCGCUCGACGAGUCUGACCUCGACCCACUGGUCGACGUGACGCUGAACACAGCGUCGAAGUUUACGAUAUCGCUAACCGGGCCCGACUUCACUGCACACAAGAUCGAAGAUCCGUUCCGGAAGCUCGGACCGAUCGCGGUCUUCUCCGCCAGACGGCACUGGACGGCCCCACGCAGCGUUCGAUUGCAGAAAAAAAGCAACACUCUCAUGCUGGGUGGGGGCGGCGGCAACGUGGCUGGAACGAUUGAUCGCCAACAGUACCGGGGCGGCAUGGUCAAGGGUAAUCACAGCCACAGUACUAAUAGUUACAGUACCAAUAGUAGCGUUUCCGCCAGCCAUCAGCUAGGCGGGGGUUUGCGGUGCUGUGGCGAAUGUGCCAACAAGACAAACUACUAUAACGACAACCGGGCGUGUGAGGUGUGUCUGAAGAACGUAUGCAACGUGUCGGAGCGCGACUUCAGGGCCCUGAAAAUGCAGGAGGAGGUCGGACGGCCGGGUACCGUCAACGACGAUGUGAACGACAUCGCCAGCUUUGGGUUUAAUGUUCGAGGCGAUGCACCCGUCAUGAUAGCAACCGUCGAAAUCAACUCCCUGGCUGACCUCGGCGGCCUGAAAGAAGGCGACUUCAUCGUGGAAUUGUGCGGCUAUGACGUUAAGUGGUACACGCUGCAGCAGCUGUUAAAGCUAAUUAGGAACUGCGGGACGAGCCUCGAGUUGAAAGUAAUCACUCCGAUGGAUCGCAACUACCUAAAGCCAAUCGUUUCAAGCCACUGCAGCAAGGGGUCCAUCUCAACCCUAUCAGGUAGCUCGUCCGGUAUCUCGUCCGGUGCACCGUCACCGACCGGCACCACCACCAAGCCGAUCAAGUCCCGUUCGAAGCUCGGCAAAACGCGCCUCAGCAGCUUUACCUCCGGCAGCUGGAACCCCUUCCGGCGUUCGCAGAGCCUAGGAAAAAUAUUCUAGAAAAAAGUUCAAAGUUGUCUGUGCAGCUUAGCUAAACCCAAGCGAUGGCAACGGAUGAAGUCAGGCUUACUCCCGCAUUGAUUCAACCGCAUGGGAGGAGUGCUGUUUCGUUUUUUCUAUUUUUUUCAUUUUUGCAGUUUCAUAAAAAUAUACUAUGUAGUACACUAUAUAAUAUACAUGUAGAUAGAACCGCAUCAAGCCUUGUUAGAUAACUAGUGCUAAUGCUACACAUGAAGGGUAGAGUAAAAGCCGUUACUACGACACACGUCGUUACGGUUGUAUAACUAACACCGUUUAGCUAAAAGGCGAGUGUUGACUAUAAGUAAAGUAGAAACCACAAAAUCCCAUCUAGGAAUAUACUGUUUUAACACAUGUACACGUAGACAUUGUUGCUCAAACGUUGUAAAAUAAAAGUAACGACUA